AGGAGUAGACAGCAUGUUAUCAGGUCUAGCCUGGUGGCAAAUUCCCAAUUGCUGUGGGCUUAGGUCGAUGAGCUGUUUGGUAGCCAAUAAACAAAGGAAUGCCUGGCUGUGGGCAUGGGAGCACAUCAGGAGCCUUAUGCACAGACUAAGCCUUUGGAACCCUGGAUCCAAACUAAGAGUCAUUCCUGAAGUUGUAGGGAAUUUGGAACCAAAUGUCACAGAUGCUGUACUGACAAUGCAGAACCAAAGGAACAGGGGAACACUGGCUCCUAACCACGUUGAGGAGGUGCAUCUGCACCGAGUGGAGUCCAUCAGUGACCUACACAGUGGAGGCUCACUAAGGCCCUAUCUGGCUGAAGAGGCACAGCCAUGGGAAGAGCUUCUGGGUGUCUUGCCACCAUCACUGUGCACCCAAGCUGGCUGCAGCCCCACGUGUGGCCGUGGGGGGUUCCUACUGCUAUUGACACUGCUGGUGUUCACCUGCCUGGCACUAGCCAUCCUGGCUGUCUACCUAAGUGUGCUGCAGAGUGAAUCCCUGAGGGUCUUGGCACACACACUGCGCACACAAGAGGAGACUCUGCUCAAAUUGCGUCUGGCUAGCCUCAGCCAGCUGAGGAGGCUCAACUCCAGCGAAGCUCGGGCACCCAGCUGAGAUGCCAUGUGAAUGUGUGAGGCGUGUGAGCUGUGAGUAGGAAUAAAGGGACCUUUGGCAGGUCUCUGUUCUCCUACUGAUGGCCACAUCUACACUACUUCCUUGGUGAGACUUUUGUACAAGAGCCUGAUGUAAUUCAACAAGCUGCCUGUCCCUUUUGACCUCUUCAGGCCAAGCCUGACCAAGUCUUCUGGUGCCAAGGCCCUGCUUUGGAUAGCCAAAGGUCAGAGGAUGGGGUAGCCGCCUUUCCCUGGCUCCUCCUAUGGCCUGUCAGCACUCUCUGGCCACCCCCAGAUAGAGUUCAGAAGUCUAGAAAUAGCUGUCCCCGCUCAGCCACCCACUCUGUCAGGCCUCCUAAUGGGGGUCCAGUCUCAGCUCUCAGACAAGCUAGGCCGAGC